GAAUGUUCCUAUUAUAGACCCCGUCAGCAGGAAAUACACUCCAGAAACACAAAUCAUCUUCAUCAUUCACACCAUUUAUAGAUCCCCGAUUAUUGCAAAUAUCCCCAUCUAGUGGGACCACUAUAUCUUCAAUGGUUGUUUUCUCUAAUGACCAGAUUAGACCAGAGUCAGUGAAGCAAGAUCCAAGCAGAAAAGGAUCUGUUGUCAAUGUAAAUCCAACCAACAUCAGGCCACAGAGUGACACACCAGAAAUCCGGAAGUACAAGAAGAGAUUCAACUCUGAAAUCCUUUGCGCUGCAUUGUGGGGUGUGAAUUUAUUAGUGGGUACUGAAAGUGGCCUGAUGCUGCUGGACAGGAGUGGUCAAGGAAAGGUGUAUCCCCUGAUUAAUCGCAGACGUUUUCAGCAAAUGGAUGUACUUGAGGGAUUGAAUGUUCUGGUGACAAUAUCGGGGAAGAAAAACAAAUUGCGAGUAUAUUAUUUGUCCUGGUUAAGAAACAAGAUAUUGCACAAUGAUCCUGAAGUAGAGAAAAAACAAGGCUGGACAACAGUUGGAGAUUUAGAAGGAUGCGUACACUACAAAGUUGUAAAAUAUGAAAGGAUCAAGUUUUUAGUAAUUGCUUUGAAGAAUUCUGUGGAAGUCUAUGCAUGGGCGCCAAAACCAUACCACAAAUUUAUGGCCUUUAAGUCAUUUACAGACAUGUUGCACAGGCCAUUAUUGGUAGACCUCACAGUGGAGGAAGGGCAGAGGCUAAAAGUGAUCUAUGGCUCCAGUGCUGGCUUCCAUGCUGUUGAUGUGGACUCAGGAACUGUCUAUGACAUUUAUCUGCCAACACAUAUCCAAAGCAGCAUCCAACCACAUGCGAUUAUCAUACUUCCAAACACAGAUGGAAUGGAAUUAUUGGUCUGCUAUGAGGAUGAAGGAGUCUACGUUAACACGUAUGGACGAAUUACUAAGGAUGUGGUUCUACAAUGGGGAGAGAUGCCUACUUCUGUCGCCUAUAUUCGAUCCAAUCAGAUUAUGGGUUGGGGAGAAAAAGCCAUUGAAAUCCGAUCAGUAGAGACUGGACACUUGGAUGGUGUAUUUAUGCACAAAAGAGCGCAGCGACUAAAGUUCCUUUGUGAAAGAAAUGAUAAGGUCUUCUUUGCUUCAGUCCGUUCUGGUGGAAGCAGCCAGGUUUACUUCAUGACUCUUGGCAGGAGUUCUCUCCUCAGCUGGUAGGAAAGCUAAUUAUGUACCAAGAGCAACGGGAGUCUUCAGAAGAUCUUGGAAACCUUGAAUUAACUAACAACUGGAGAACAAACUGCACUGAUGCAACGCAUUGCCUAAACCUGUCACUGAAAUUGUGAUCUGUAAAAAGGAAGCAAUGCUACUGGUGCUGUUAGAAUUUUACUGUCAGGUGACAGCCAGUCUAGAGUAGAAGAAAACACCUCAUCUCAAUUAUACAUCCCUUAAUUUAAGAUGACAAUGUAUUGCUUGAAAAAAGUGCCCUAAGAAUGCAGGCGGUUGGUUCUAAAGCGGUUGGACAAGUGGGGAAGUGGAAACAGUGAUAUGCUGACAGUAGAGAAAUGUGUAGCAUGGGAAAGGGGAUUUUUUUUUUAAAUGUGUAUCAUUCUAAGUGACUUUUCUUUUGUAAGGUAACAGAGUGUUAAGGAGAAGGAAAAUGCAAGUUAGGAGUUUUUAUUGAAAUGUGAAUGACAAAAUGAAAGCAAUUAAUUGUGUCGGUCUUUGCAAGGGAAGGGUGUUUUGGUCAUUUUCUGUAUAUCAGGUUUUGCUUGUGUUCUCCAAAACUUUUUUAAAAAUCAAUUGAAACUUGUGUGGAGGACAAGGUUUUCAGAUUUGUAUGGCUUUGUGGGGCAGACCAGAAACUUGAUGUUUGGUUAUGUUACAGUAUUAUAGAUGCCUCUCCAAGAUUUUACUUACUUGUAGCAGUAAAAAAAAGCAGUUUAACAAAUCCUGCACUCGUAAAUCUCCCAAACUACUUAUUAAAAAAUUGUUUUGCCUACCUCAUUUGUUUAAGAAAGGAAAAAAAGAGGUGGUUUAGUCAUUUUAAUAUUAUUUGUAUUUGAAACUUGCGCAUCUUUGUCUAAUUUAAAGUUUGUUGAUACCAAAUUUAUGAUCGAAAUGUUUGUCUACUGUUGGUUAAAUUGCAGCUUGUUUUAGCAGGCAAACAAUGUGACUAUUUUGUAAUUGGAAAAUGCCAGCUGAGUGCAGAAACUGACAGAUCUGUGGUCAGCUGGUGAGGUUAGAAGCAGAAAAUAGAGGCAAAAAUCAACUGUUCUAAAUGUGGUAGUCAGUGAUCAACAUGUAAAUGUUAUCUUCCACUUACAUGCAGAAAGUGACAACUGACUUUUUUUUGUUACUCAGCCAGAAUCCGAGUCAAGUAACAGUUUGAAAAUAGUUUUACUAAGCUAUUCUGUUGCAUUAGAUUCAAGUGUAUAGGUAGUAGGGAGCAGGUGGUUGAUUUAAGAUACAAUGCACUAAAACACUUAAUUUCAAGAAUGUAGUGAAACUGCUUAUCAAUACAAUAUUUCUUCCCUAAGUUAGAUCCAAAAUUUCGCUGUGGAAAGAUUUUUUUAAUAUUGCUGCAAACAGAAUUUUAUUUUACAUAUGUUAGACAUUUACAAAUGUGUCUACAGUAAUAAUCUGUCGAACUGUCACUCAAUUACUUGAGAUACCUAUAGUGUAUAGUAUACUAUACUGGUGAUGUAAUAAUGCACAAUAGCAUUAUGUUGAUCCUACAAUAUGUUAAACUUUUUUUUUGGUACUUUGUAGACAGCUGUCUUAUGCUGUUAUGUGCACAGGAUCUCAACACUUUACAGGGCUUAGUUCUCUCAGCGGAGACUAUUCAUUCUACAGUGAAACAUUCUCAGUAGUGGUACAGUGAAAUUAAAGAUGUGCCAUGAGAAUUUUUCAUACAUUCAUGUCACUGUGAUAUUUUUUUUCCUCUAGCAGCUCCUGGUCACUGAAUAAUUUUGCAAUAUUUGUCCUAUAUCAUCUGUUAAUAACAGUAAAAGUAAUCAUAGAAAAUUCCUGACGUAAGUAGGUUUACCAUAAGCAGAAUAUUUUUUGGAUUUAACAAAAACACUUAAGUCCUGAUAACAGUUAGGAGUAAUCCUCUGUCUCAGCAGAGUCUCUGAUUAGCAACUCCCACCUAUGAGAAGUGCCACGGUGGCGUAACAGUAUUACAAAACCACUACGUCUAUAUUUGAAGAAUAAUUUCAACACAAGUUUUAAUACUUCUAGGUUUAGUGGAAAAUGCCUAUAAUUACUUUUGAGUUUUACUACUUUAUUUUUAAGUCAAAUAAUGCUUGUUGUAUGACUGCAGUGUCUCUAUUUUAUGCACGUUAUGUUUGAAAAAAUGUUUACAAAAAUUCUUUUGUUACACUAAUGUGCAUCACAUAUUUAUGUUUUUUUCUGAAAUUGUUUGUUAUAAGUUUUAGUUUUGUAUUAUGAGAACACGUGAUGUUUAUAACCCUGAACUCUGCUGAUAACCAAGAAGCUGAUGUAAAACAAAAUUGAGGUGUUACUGUGUCUAGCUGCAAAGCAGAUUGGGAAAUAUGGUUACAAGUAAACCUCUUCAAACAGUUUUCUGCUAUGUGAUCUAACUUAUGUCUUCUGUGUAUUAUGGGAAUUUCUGUAUUUUCUCUGACGUUCAUCUUUUCUUGAAUAAAAUCAACUAAAUGCACAUUGUGCAUAACACAACACUGUUGUUUUGUGAAGCUUGUCCAAUAAGCUUCAAUUACUUUUAUUUGCUUCUAGUCCCAGUGCAUGUCCUGUGACCGAGAAGAUUUGAUCUGCUCCAAAACUGUAUAUGGUUGUGUAAAACUAUUCCCAUCUCACCACCAUUACUUCACUUUGCACUUAUCUUCCUGACAUCUGCUUGGUCCCAACCCAACACGAUAUAGAUGACAUCAGAGGGCACAGUUUCUGAUUAGGAAACAUGUUUUUACUGGAAGGAAUGAAGUUAACAACAUCUGAGAAGUGACAGGCCAUUAAGUUGACUAGCUUGAUGCUUGCCUAACUGACACAUCAUGAGAUCUUUUGCAAUUGGUUUCCUGCUGGUAUUGCUUGGUUUUGAACAGUACUUCCUUACACGUAGAGUUCCAUAGGUAGUGUGCGGUGCAGGUCACAACUUAUGAUGAAAUAAACAGGAUAGCAGGAUAAGCUUCCAUGCAUCAUUCAUAUCACAACCAGAACACAAUCUUGAAAGCUCAGCAACAUAGGUGUGCUAAGCUGUAAGACUCACCAUGUCCAUCUUAGUGGCAACGCAUAAUAGCAACUAGUAUAAUUUGCUGUCAUGUAGAACAAAUUUCAAUGUAAUGGAUUAUUUUUGAAAUCUCACCAGAUACAAAUCAAUUCUGCCAAAAGUCAACUCAAAAAAAAAAACCUCCUCCAGAGGCAUAUAUUAGUUUACAAGUUUGGUGUAAUCACUUCAAACUCUUUUUUAUCUCUAAGACCCUGUCUCCAUGUGUUCUGUUGUCUUCUAAAUCAGUUCAUAGCUUUCAAAUCAUCUUUAAUAUUUUUUGACUCAGGCUACAAUACUGAAACAGGUUGAAUCAGUCAUAAAUAACAUUCUCUGUAACUGUGACCCAGAUCCAUUUUCCUUCUUCACCUCAAUCCUUUGUCUUGCCAUUUUCUUGCACUAUUCAUCAUUGUCCAGUUCAGUGCAACUACUGAUAUCUGGUUCUGCUCUAGUCUACCCAUAUGCCCAGAGUAUCUCCAGAAUUACCUUAUUUUCCAUUUCAGACAGUUACCCUGAGUUUCCCGUACACCUAUACUUGUUCCCUUCCCCUCUCAUCAUCGUUCUCCUCUUGGCGUAGUCAUAGAGGACCACAGCACAGAAAAGGUCCUUUCAACUCCAUCGAGUCUGCACCAGUCAAAAACAACCAUCAAUAUGCGAGUCACAGUUUUCCAGCAAUUAGCCUAUAGUCUUGUAUGUCUUGUAUGUCUUGGCAUCAUAAGUGCACAUCUAAAUCUUUCUUAAAUAUUAAGAGGGUUUCUGCUUCUGCCAUCCUUGCAGGCACUGAGU